UCCUUCUUCCCUCUCUUUCUCUCUCAAGAUCCGGACCGUCCGUUCCCCCUUCGCGGAUCGCCAAUGCCGUUGAUCCCCUGAAGCUUCGUUCGGCGGCGAUCCAGCGCCCCCGGAUUGGUCGGCGGGCGCCGGGGAACCACCACCGCCAGCGGCGAUGCGGGUCCAGUCGCCGCCGGCCGCGGCGCCGGCUUCGAAGGGCGGCCAGCAGGACGCCGAGUCCCUGUUCCGGGCGAAGCCCAUCGCGGAGAUCCGCCGCGCGGAGGCCGCGACGCGGAGGCAGAUCGAGGACAAGAAGGAGGAGCUCCGGCAGCUGGUCGGCACCCGGUACCGCGACCUCAUCGACUCCGCCGACUCGAUCGUCCUCAUGAAGUCCUCCUGCGAGUCCAUCUCCCGGAACGUGUCCUCGAUCCAGGCCUCCAUCCUUUCCCUCUCCUCCGAAACCACCCCAACCCCCACCCCCGCCGCCGCAUCACGGAGCCCUAGCCGCCACGACCCCGCGCGGUUCGACGUCUACGGCAUUGCCUGCCGCGUCAAGUACCUCGUCGACACGCCGGAGAACAUCUGGGGCUGCCUCGACGAGUCCAUGUUCCUCGAGGCCGCCGCGCGGUACCUGCGCGCGAAGCACGUCCAGCACGGGCUGGUGCGGGACGGCGGCGAGGGGGGCGGCGGCGGCGAUCCCAAGAUCUUGGCCAACUUCCCGCUCUUGCAGCACCAGUGGCAGAUUGUCGAGAGCUUCAAGGCGCAGAUCUCGCAGCGGAGCCGCGAGAGGCUGCUGGACGGCGGCGGGCUCAAGAUCGGGGCUUACGCGGACGCCUUGGCCGCGGUGGCGGUUAUUGAUGAUUUGGAGCCGAGGCAGAUUCUGGGAUUGUUCCUUGACAGCAGGAAGUCGUGGAUUCUGCAGAAAUUGGCUACUUCCUUUGCGAAUCCUACUUGUUCGGACGUCGUCGCCGUGUUCUGCGAAGUGCUGAGGGCGAUUCAGGUCACUAUGGGCCAAGUAGGUGAGUUGUUCUUGCAAGUGUUGAACGACAUGCCCCUGUUUUACAAAGUCACGCUGAGUUCUCCACCUGCAUCUCAGUUGUUUGGUGGGAUUCCAAACCCUGAUGAGGAGGUCAGGUUGUGGAAAUCUUUUCGGGAUAAACUGGAGUCGGUGAUGACACUGCUCGAAAAGGCGUAUAUAGCUAGUACUUGUUUGAAUUGGCUUAAGGAUUGUGGACGGGAAAUUGUGAAUAAAAUGAGUGGCAGGUACCUGACGGAUGCCAUCAGUAGUGGUGAGGAGAUAGCAUUGGCGGAAAAAUUGAUUAGGGAGACCAUGGACAGUAAGGAGGUUCUGGAAGGCAGUUUGGAUUGGCUAAAGAGCGUUUUUGGAUCAGAGAUCGAAUUACCCUGGAGCAGGAUCCGAGAACUUGUAUUGGAAGCUGAUCUGGAUCUCUGGGAUGAGAUAUUUGAAGAUGCAUUUGUUCAGAGGAUGAAAUCGAUCGUCGACUCGGGAUUUGGAAAUUUGACCAGGGAUGUGAAUAUAGCCGAAUCGAUUCGUACCAUUGAGGGGACACCUGGUGAGAAGAUAGAUUUCCGGGCAUAUCUGAGCAGACCUUCCACUGGUGGUGGAGUCUGGUUCAUAGAGCCUAAUGAUCGGAAGACUGUCACACUUCCUUCCUCAAAAGCACAGGCCGAAGAGAGUAGCUUCCAGACCUGUCUUAGUGCAUAUUUCGGUCCUGAAGUUAAUCGGAUUAGAGAUGCAGUAGACAAUUACUGUCAGAGAGUUCUUGAGGACCUUCUGCACUUCUUAGAAUCUCCCAAAGCAGCAAUACGACUAAAGAAUCUGGCAAAAUAUCUGCAAGAUAGGUGCUAUGAGUAUUUGUCUAGCAUAUUAAUGCAACUUAAGGGUGAGGUUGACAGCCUCAGCACUGCACUUGAGAAUGCAAAGAGAGAGAGUCAUACACCAUAUGCUGCCAUAAUUGUGGAAAGAUCUCUCUUCAUUGGGCGACUGCUGUUUGCACUCCAGAAUCACUGUAGACACAUCCCAAGAAUUUUGGGAUCGCCAAGGUUCUGGGUAAAUGAAUCAAUUUCAGCAGUUUUCGACAGAUUACCAGGCCUUUUGGGGCAAUCCCGUGGAGUAACUGAUUCUCCUGUCAGUGACAGCUCAAUUCGGCAAUCACCCAUGGGUUCUAGAAGACAUACCUCGUUGGCCACAGCUGCAAUACUUGGAGCUGAUGAUAUACCAAGCCCGAAGUUCAAAGAUUUUUCUGCUACUACACGAGAUUUAUGUGUAAGAGCUCAUAGCUUGUGGAUAACGUGGUUAUCAAUGGAGUUGUCAACAAUCCUAUCUCGGGAUCUUGAACAGGAUGAUGGAUUAUCAUCAAUAACUCCUUUGAGGGGUUGGGAAGACACAGUAAUCAAGCAAGAGCAGUCUGAUGAUGGCCAGUCUGAGUUGAGGAUGUCGCUCCCCUUCAUGCCUUCUCUCUAUGUCAUCUCCUUUUUAUUUCGAGCAUGUGAAGAAAUUCAUAGAAUUGGGGGUCAUGUGCUUGACAAGUUAAUUCUGCAAAAGUUUUCCCUGCAGCUUUUGGAAAAGGUGACUGAUAUAUAUGGAAACUACCUGUCUACUGAGGAAGCUAAUGGUUCUAAAGUGUCAGAUAAAGGAGCUUUGCAAGUUAUGUUAGAUUUGAAAUUUGUGUACGAUAUUCUUUCCGGAGGUGAUUCCACCAUGGAUGAGGAGUUGUCUAGAAGUUCAAAGCCAAAGUAUUCAUUUAGGCAAAGGGAUCAAAGACAGAAAAAGUCUGCCAUCGGAUCACGUAUAGAUGGAUUGGUACAUCGUCUUUCACAGAGAUUGGAUCCCAUAGACUGGCUCACGUUUGAGCCAUAUCUGUGGGAGAAUGAGAGACAAUCAUAUUUACGGCAUGCUGUCCUCUUCGGGUUCUUUGUACAACUUAAUCGGUUGUAUGUGGAUACGGUGCAGAAACUGCCCACGAAUUCAGAAUCAAAUAUUAUGAGAUGCUCUACAGUUCCCCGAUUUAAGUACCUUCCAAUCAGUGUACCCGCAUUGUCUUCAAGGAGGACAUCUAAAGCAACUACUGGUGUUCCUAUAGAUGGUUUUUCAUCGAAAAGUCCGAGAUCUUAUAGUAACGGAGAACUUUCUCGAACAAUUGAUUUGGACGACAGAACGUCUUCUGGAGUAGCAGCUCCAUUGUUGAAGUCUUUUAUGCAAGUUGGCAGCAGAUUUGGAGAGAGCACACUGAAACUGGGAUCCAUCCUGACUGAUGGUCAAGUGGGCAUAUUCAAGGACAGGUCAGCUGCUGCCUUAUCGACGUUCAGCGAUGUUUUACCUGUGCAGGCUGCGGGUCUUCUUUCAUCCUUCACCGCAACCCGACCAGAUGCUUGAAUGAGAAUGCCUUACUCUAUGCCAAUUGAUAUUUGCAUUGGAGUCCAAGACAGGUAAAACAUAAAGCCUUUUCACGUUUUGCUUCCGGCUUUCUUAAGUUUCACCUGAGACUCUGGGGUACUCCCAGAUAAGUGGUGCGCCCAAAAGCUAUUUUUCUAGGGUGACGGAAUGAAAAAGAGAAUACCUUUUGGAUUGGGAGUGAGGGGGCAAGAGCUUGUGUUGGUGAAGCGAGAUCAAGAAAGGCUUCAUAUAUGUUGUGGCGUGCCUGAAGGAAUAAGUGAGCUGGUUCAGCAUUUUUUAUUACAUACCUUUAUUAGGCGCAGACGCUUGUAAAGCAUAAAAUGGUUGUUAUACUAUGAUAGGAGAUGUCGGCAGUGUUGAGGGAAGUUCGUUUUGUAAAAAAAAUUCCAGGUGAGGCAUAUGCUUGGACAGACCGCUAUGAGAUGCCCCAUCAUGUGCAGAUCACUUGUUUUUAUCAUUCAAAUUUUGUUCCUCUCAUGAAUUAUUUCAAUUCAUAGACAAAAUUAAGUUACAACAAUGUAUAAUUUUGGCUC